CUAUAGAACUAGCUCAUAGAUCUAUAUAAUGUCCCUUUCUCUCAUUGAUUUCCCAUCCUUCUUAUUGCAAUUGUUGAUAGAAAUUAAAAGAGCAUAUUCUUUUAUCACUCUGUACCGUCGCAAUAUGAGCUAUCCAUACUAUUCUCCUCCGCCGCCACCUCCUGCUUGCGACUUUGCCGCGCCGCCACCUCCGCCGCCGCCAACUCCAGCAUGUGAUUUUGGCAUUCCACCUCCUCCGUCUAGCCCCUAUAAUGUUCACCCACCACCGAAACCAUCGCCUGCGUUGUGGUCAUCUCCACCACAGCACAGCCACCAUGACCAUCGUAAGCCUCCGCCUCCACCAGCCCAUCGCCACACCCAUCCAAAGUCACCUCCACCUCCACCGCCAUACUCUCCCCACCAUUCCCACCCAAAACCACCUCCGCCGCACCACCGCCAGAUACCGCCACCAACAUCGUACAAUCAUCAUGGCUAUCACAGCCCUCCCCCUCCUCAACACCCCAACCAUCCAACGUCGGCCCCACCACCAUGCAAUGAUCACCACCCUAUCCAUCCAACCCCACCGACAUCGCCACCCAAAAACCACCAUGAACCACCACCAUCAACUCCCUCUCCCUAUCCAAGUGCACCAUCACCAAUGCAACACACUCCUCCAGCAUCUUCCUCUCCAUAUAAGCCACCACCACAAGAAAUUCCGCCGCCGCACUCAAGCAGAGCUCCAACUCCCACGCCAUCCUAUCCACCUACGAGCCCCAGCUCUGCACCACCGCCUGAUCUCACGUCGCCCCCAACCCCAACUCCUACCACCAACAGUCCUAUUCCACCACCACCUCAUUCGACUCCACCUCCACCUCCACCUCCAGUACCAACACCGAACCCUGGCUCACAGCCGCCGCGAUCACCACCUUCCUCCUCUCCCACUUCUCCAAUCAGCCAACCGCCGACAAAGCCAGCAAGUGCGCCAGGCCCUUCUAAGAGUUCAAGCCGACCACCAAAAUCAUCACCCCCAAAAGCAUCACCACCCUACAACAAUCUCGCGCCUCCUCCAAAUAAUGUGUACACCCCGCCCAUCUAUGGCGGGCCAUCGCCGCACAGAUCACUAACCCCGUCAUCCUCGGCUCUUCCUCCACUACCUCCUUCCUCUGGAGGAGGGAACCACACCACAGUGAUCGCGGUAUGCGUGUCGCUAGGUGGCGUCUUCAUUCUGGCGUUCCUCGCACUGGGGCUCUUCUGUUUGGCUAAGAAGAAGAAGCCGGUGAUGGCCCCUGCAGAAGCAGCAGCCGCUGCUUGCGUGGAUGUGGAGGAACAAGAAGUAGUCCAUGAGGUUAUAACAACCGGGCCGUGCGGAGAACAGUCGGCGACAGUCGACAUCGAGGACGUCAUCGAAAUUCAUGCAGCGGGUGGUGCAGAGACCGGCUCUGGGGUCGGUAUAGUUGCUGCUGGGGCUCAAGCUUCUUGCGAACUUCGGCCGACCGGUGGUUCGUGCCAUGACGGUUCGGGACGUAACAGCAACUGCUGAGUCUGCGAAACUCAGUCUGACCUCGAACCGUGCGCAACGGCGAGAUUUUCUUGGUCGUCACGAGCUUGCGACACCUUGUUCUUGUGGGGGAAGAGAUCGUAUCUGGCAUGUGUGUGUUCAUUCUUUAGGGUUGUGGACUGGAUUGAAUAGUGUUUUUUUUUUUUUUUUGGUUGCUAAUGACGUGAGUUUGCCAUGCACAGAAACUUUGAUGUGACGUAAGCAUGGGCAAAUUGUCCUCUUCUUGUUAAAAUUGUUUUCUUGGA